AUGGCAGCAAGAGCUGUACGGUUAAAGGUAGGCGUGCUCGCUUAUAGGCUUGAGUUGGUACCAGCAGGCGUGCUCGCUUAUAGGCUUGAGUUGGUACCAGCAGGCGUGCUCGCUUACAGGCUUAUGUUGGUACAAGCAGGCGUGCUCACUUACAGGCUUGAGUUGGUACCAGCAGGCGUGCUCACUUACAGGCUUGAGUUGGUACCAGCAGGCGUGCUCACUUACAGGCUUGAGUUGGUACCAGCAGGCGUGCUCACUUACAGGCUUGAGUUGGUACCAGCAGGCGUGCUCACUUACAGGCUUGAGUUGGUACCAGCAGGCGUGCUCACUUACAGACUUGAGUUGGUACCAGCAGGGGUGCUCACUUACAGACUUGAGUUGGUACCAGCAGGUGUGCUCACUUAUAGACUUGAGUUGGUACCAGCAGGUGUGCUCACUUAUAGACUUGAGUUGGUACCAGCAGGUGUGCUCACUUACAGACCUGAGUUGGACUACUAG